AUGGGCGGCGGCGACGGGGCCGCAUUUAAGCGGCCGGGGGACGGCGCCCGCCUCCAGCGCGUCCUCGGGCUCGGCUCCCGCCGGGCGCCCCGCUCUCUGCCCGCCGGGGGCCCGGCGCCGCGCCGCACCGCGCCGCCCCCGCCGGGCCAUGCGAGCGCGGGCCCCGCCGCGAUGAGCUCGCACAUCGCCAAAAGCGAGUCCAAGACGUCGCUGCUGAAGGCGGCGGCGGCGGCGGGCGGGGGCAGCCGGGCUCCCCGCCACGGCCCUGCCCGGGAGCCAGUGCUGCCCAGCCGCCGGCUGCCCGGCCCCUGCCCGGGCACGCCGCUGCCGUCCGGGGACCCCAGUUCGCGGAGGCCCCUGUGCCGGCCGGCGCCGCGAGAGGAGGGCGCGCGGGGGAGCCGGCGCGGGCUCCCCCAGGCGCACUGCAGGCCCCGGGAGGCGCCGCCGGCCGCGGCGUCCCGACCUUCGCCGCCGUCGCCGCUGCCGCCGGCCCGCGGGCGGGAUGGGGAGGAACGGGGGCUGUCCCCGGCGCUCGGCCUCCGGGGCUCGCUGCGAGCCCCGGGUCGCGGGGACUCCGCUCCAGCCGCCGCGUCCGAGGCAGACCCGUUCCUCCACCAGCUGCGCCCAAUGCUCAGCUCCGCCUUCGGCCAGAUGCGCCAUGAGGAGACCAGCUACACGGUGGUGCAGACAGGCGAGGAGCGGCUGGCUGCCAGCGGCGAGCUCCCGGGACCGCUCCUGAUGCUGGCCCAGAACUGCGCUGUCAUGCACAACCUGCUGGGCCCAGCCUGCAUUUUCCUGCGUAAGGGCUUCGCGGAGAACAGGCAGCCUGACAGAUCACUGCGGCCAGAGGAGAUCGAAGAGCUCCGGGAGGCCUUCAGAGAGUUUGACAAGGACAAGGAUGGCUACAUCAACUGCCGGGACCUGGGCAACUGCAUGCGCACCAUGGGCUACAUGCCCACCGAGAUGGAGCUUAUCGAGCUGUCUCAGCAGAUCAACAUGAACCUGGGUGGCCAUGUGGAUUUUGAUGACUUUGUGGAGUUAAUGGGACCUAAACUCCUGGCGGAGACUGCAGAUAUGAUUGGAGUAAAAGAACUGCGAGAUGCCUUCCGAGAGUUCGACACCAAUGGUGAUGGGGAGAUAAGCACCAGUGAGCUGCGAGAGGCCAUGAGGAAACUCCUGGGCCAUCAGGUGGGACACCGAGACAUAGAGGAAAUUAUCCGAGAUGUGGACCUCAAUGGGGAUGGACGAGUGGACUUUGAAGAGUUUGUCCGGAUGAUGUCCCGCUGAGGCCGCCAGGGCCUCUCCAGGACCGCCAAGCUCCACGGGCGGGGAGAAGAGGAGCCGGAGCUCGCCUCGCC